AUGGCGCCGCCCAGUUACGAAGAGCCAGAGGAAGAGCUCGCACCCACGCCAACGAAGCGAUUACGAUGGGCGACUCAAAGGCUGACGGGGAAGAAGGGGAACAAAAAACGCGGGUCGAUUCUUGGUCGCCUGAAUCACCGUGGCUCACAAAACAGUGAGAAGAAGAGGGAUUCCGGAGGAGGUGAUUCGAUGGGCACAGAUCUUGGAGGGAUUCAGGAAGAGCCGAACGAGGACGAAGAAGAGAAACCCUCAGACACUGGGGAUGGCCAAGGCCCCCGAAAAGUAUACUUCAAUAUUCCUCUGCCGCCAGAUGCAGUGGACGAGCAAGGACAUCCCAUCGCACAAUACCGGAGGAACAAGAUUCGGACGGCCAAGUACACCCCCAUCAGCUUCGUUCCGAAGAACAUUUGGUACCAAUUCCACAACAUCGCCAAUGUUUACUUCCUGUUCUUAAUUAUCCUGGCCUUCUUCAGCAUCUUCGGUGCUUCGAAUCCGGGACUGAACGCCGUUCCACUGAUUGUGAUUGUGUUCAUUACUGCGGUAAAGGACGCAAUCGAAGACUAUCGAAGGACGAUCCUUGAUAUCGAAUUGAACAACUCUCCAGUCCACCGACUCCUGGAUUGGAACAAUGUCAACGUCAGCGACGAUGACAUCUCCCUGUGGAGGCGAUUCAAGAAAGCUACAAGCCGCGGUAUGGCGACCGUUUGGAAGAAGCUGAAGAGGGGCAAGAAGGAGCUCCCAGGGCAGCGGUAUGCUGCGCGAGCUCUGGAUGAGCCACGAGAAUCAUACGAAACUAGGGAAACGAGGCGGGCGUCAGCCUUCUCGGCCCGUACUGAGCGAACAUCUUUCGAAUCGGCGCGGGAGAAUAUUCAGAUGACUCCUGUUCCAUCUCCGCUGCCCCUCUCAGACGGCCUGCAGUUACCCGACCAUGAUCGACCAAAAACCGCAUUUUCAUACGAGGGAGGAGGGGCAUCUGCCGCCAAGAACUUUGGCAGCUUGAUCAACCCAAAUUUGAAAGCGCCUGGUAAGGCUCGAUUCCACCAAGACUAUUGGAAGAACGUCAAAGUGGGAGAUUUCGUAAGAAUCUACAACGAUGAUCAAAUUCCAGCCGACGUCGUAAUUUUGUCCACUUCCGAUCCGGAUGGAGCUUGCUAUGUGGAAACCAAGAACUUGGAUGGAGAAACGAACUUGAAGGUCAGGCAUGCCCUCCGAAGUGGGCGAAAGAUCAAGCAUGCCCGUGACUGCGAGAAGACUCAAUUCACAAUUGAGAGUGAGGCUCCCCAACCGAACCUUUAUCAAUACAGCGGUGUUACUCGUUGGACCCAAUACAGCUCGAAGUCUCCAAGUGCUCGAGGCGACGAGAUGGUGGAACCAAUCUCCAUCAACAAUCUUCUUCUCAGAGGCUGCAACCUUCGAAAUACAGAUUGGGUCCUUGGAGUUGUUGUUUUCACUGGCUUCGACACCAAGAUCAUGAUGAAUGCUGGAAUAACGCCCAGUAAACGUUCUCGGAUUGUCCGAGAGCUAAACUGGAAUGUCAUCUACAAUUUCAUUGUCCUGUUCCUCAUGUGUUUUGUUUCUGGAUUGAUUCAAGGCAUCACGUGGUCCGAAGGGAACAACUCCAUUGACUAUUUCGAAUUUGGCUCCAUUGGAGGCAAGCCGUCGUUAGAUGGGUUCAUCACUUUCUGGGCUGCCGUCAUCCUUUUCCAGAAUCUGGUUCCCAUCUCGUUGUACAUUUCCCUCGAAAUCAUCAAGACCUGUCAAGCUUUCUUCAUCUACAGCGAUACCGAAAUGUACUACGACAAAAUCGACUAUCCAUGUACACCUAAAUCCUGGAACAUCUCGGACGACUUAGGUCAGAUUGAAUACAUAUUUUCGGACAAGACUGGAACUUUGACUCAGAACGUCAUGGAGUUCAAGAAAGCAACCAUCAAUGGUGUCCCUUACGGGGAAGCAUAUACCGAAGCCCAAGCUGGCAUGCAGAAACGACAAGGCAUAGAUGUCGAGAAGGAAUCAGCAAGAGUUCGUGAAGAAAUCGCUCAAGCACGUGCAAAGAUGCUAGAGGAGAUUCGAAAGCUUCAUGACAACCCCUAUCUCCACGACGAUGAGUUGACCUUCGUGGCACCAGACUUCAUCUCUGACCUCUCCGGCGCGACUGGAAAAGAGCAGCAACAAGCGAAUGCAGAGUUCAUGCUAGCUCUUGCCCUGUGUCACACCGUCAUUUCCGACACUAUCCCUGGCGACCCCCCACGCAUCGAAUUCAAAGCCCAGUCUCCCGAUGAGGCGGCACUGGUCGCCACUGCUCGUGACGUUGGCUACACUGUUCUAGGAAAUUCUCCUGAUGGCAUUCGACUGAACAUAAUGGGCGAGGAGCGAACUUUCAAGGUUCUGAACACUCUCGAAUUCAAUUCGACCCGAAAACGGAUGAGUGCUAUCAUCAGGAUGCCAGACAACAAAAUUAUCUUGUACUGCAAAGGCGCCGAUAGUAUGAUAUACUCACGUUUAAAGCGUGGUGAGCAGUCUGAGCUCCGUAGAACGACCGCCGAACACUUGGAAAUGUUCGCCCGCGAGGGACUGCGUACUCUCUGCAUCGCCCAAAAAGUGUUAGGCGAAGAGGAAUACCAGACAUGGAAUCGGGAGCACGAGAUAGCUGCUGCCGCCAUUGUAGACCGAGAAGACAGGCUAGAGGCCGUUUCCGAUCUGAUCGAGCGCGACCUAACAUUGUUGGGAGGAACAGCUAUCGAAGAUCGUCUUCAGGAAGGUGUUCCUGACACCAUUGCCCUCCUCGCGGACGCCGGAAUCAAGCUGUGGGUCCUCACUGGGGACAAGGUAGAGACUGCUAUCAACAUUGGCUUCUCUUGCAAUCUCCUCAAUAAUGACAUGGAACUCAUCGUUCUGAAGAUCGAGGACGAGCAGAUUUCCAGUGCCGAGGAGGAGCUCGACAAGCACCUAGCUUCCUUCAACAUGACCGGAUCUGACGAAGAGCUUGUGGCUGCCAAAAAGACUCACGAACCUCCGGCACCAACUCAUGCCAUUGUUAUUGAUGGUGAUUCCCUGAAACUUGUCUUAGAUGAGCAACUCCGUCAAAAGUUCCUUUUACUCUGCAAGCAGUGCAAGUCGGUCCUAUGCUGUCGUGUCAGCCCAGCACAGAAGGCUGCUGUUGUCUCCAUGGUCAAGUCAGGCUUGGAUGUCAUGACCCUUUCAGUGGGCGAUGGAGCAAACGAUGUCGCCAUGAUCCAAGAAGCCGACGUCGGUGUUGGUAUUGCUGGUGAAGAAGGGCGGCAAGCUGUCAUGUCAGCAGACUACGCCAUUGGCCAAUUCCGUUUCCUGCAAAGAUUGGUUCUCGUCCAUGGCCGCUGGUCAUAUCGCCGACUGGGAGAAACUAUUGCCAACUUUUUUUACAAGAACAUUAUGUGGACGUUCACAAUCUUCUGGUACCAAAUCUUCUGCAACUUCGACAUGACCUAUCUCUACGACUAUACUUAUAUCCUACUAUUCAACUUGGCGUUUACGUCCCUUCCAGUCAUUUUCAUGGGUGUCUUGGACCAGGAUGUCAGUGACAAGGUUUCUCUCGCUGUACCCCAACUAUACAGGCGUGGUAUUGAGCGGUUGGAAUGGACUCAGACGAAGUUCUGGCUCUACAUGGUUGAUGGACUCUACCAGUCGGUCAUCUGCUUCUUCAUGGCCUAUUGCCUCUUCUUCCCUGCCAAUGCGGUCACCGACAACGGCUUGAGCAUUGACGACCGGGAACGAUUCGGUGCUUACGUCGCACCUGCAGCGGUCAUCGCCAUCAAUACCUACAUCUUGCUCAACACGUACAGAUGGGAUUGGCUUAUGUUCCUUCUCGUGGUCGUGAGCAUCCUGCUUGUUUGGUUUUGGACAGGAGUCUAUUCAGCCUUCAAAUCUUCUGAGUUCUUCUACAAAGCUGCACCACAAGUCUUCGCCCAACCGACUUUUUGGGCCGUAACAGCGCUAUCAGUCAUCUUAUCCCUGUUGCCUCGCUUCUGCAUCAAGACCAUUCAAAAAAUCUACUUCCCAUACGAUGUUGACAUUGUCCGCGAGCAAGUUCGGCAAGGGAAGUUUGCCUAUCUCGAUGUUGGUGGUUCUCCAGAGGAUUCAAUGUCAAAGGAGUCUACAACAUCUUCCGAUAUCGCGAAGCCGAGUAAGCAUGCCUAUUAUCCUAGUGUUGACGAAGAUCAACGGCCCAUUUACCCCCCUUCAGUAGCCGCUACGGCCAACACACACAACACCCGAAGUCACACGGGCAGCGACGGCACCGAUUUCACGAGACAUCGAACCUCCAUCGAACAACGUCAAGUUCGUCCAUCAAUGGACAGAGCAAGACCAUCAUUCGACAGGAUGCGACAAUCUAUGGACCGCAUUCGGCCCAGUUUUGAGCAGAGCAAUGACUUUACCUCUGCGGCUCUUCUGACUCGAUUGGAGUCAAGUCAUUCCUUUGGCCCGAUCCGAAGUAGGAGAAACGAUAUGUCGCAGUGA